AUGAAUUCGAGAGAGACACAAGAAGCAUCGGGUAAAUCGCAGGCGCCUAAAAGAACAUUGGCAAAACGUAUUGCUGACAUAAUACCAUCAUCUAUAACCAAAUGGUUCAAAAACCUACAAUCAUCUGAACAAUCAUCACCUGAACAAUCAUCACCUGAACAAUCAUCACCUGAUUCUGGUUGUUUAGGAGAACCUGAACCUAAACGAAGGCGACUUAGCGAAGAUCCAAAUAAAUAUUUACCAACAACAGCUUGUGCUAGUACAAACACAGAUUCUUUAUAUUCUCAAAGGUUAACACAAAAACGUAAAAGCGAAGAUUUGUUAAAUGCAAAUGCAAUUAAAUCACCAGAGGACGCAGUAAAUCGGGUGUCAUUUAUUUUGAAAAGCUCAUUGCGUGCAGAGGAUGAUCCGAAGACAAAAGAAACUUAUGUAGAUCACAACAGAACGCCAGGAUCGCCUUUCUAUCCAGGUAAUACAACGUAUGGCGGAGCAUCCAACCAUUUGUCUCAAUAUACAAUUAAAAAGAGAAAUGAUUUUAUAAUGAGUGGACGAUCUAAAAGAAUCAUGAAUGUAUUUGAGAACUACUCAUCUCCAUUAGAAGAAGUUAGAAGGAUAUCGCAAUUUGUCAGCAACGAAAAUAAUAACAAUUUAUCUACCGCCAUGUCUAACGACACUUCUAAACAUAUUGCUACAAGAAGUCAAGAACUACAUGUGCCAAGCAUUGCUAGCAUAUUAAGUUUAAAAAAGAAACCUGGUCUGAUGGCUAGCACAAGCACUGCUAGACAAUUACUGGCAUCACAGAGUAGUGCCACUAAGCAUUCGCCAUAUGGUGUAUAUAAAAAUUCGGAUUCAGUAAAACAACGUCUUCAUAACUCGAAUCGAAAGGAAAGGCGUGCGCCUACAUCGUCGUUGCCAACGGCGUCGACACCCAAUUCUUUGAAAAUAAAUAUAGGAAAUUUACACAACAUGACAUUCACCACAUCAACAGCAAAAGUUACGAAUAUUUCACAAUCUCCAAAGAAUAUUGAAGAAUUGCAGAAAGAAAACUCUAGUUUUCAAUUUCCUAAUGCUGCAGAUGCACAUAGUAAUACUACUGAAAAUGAUUGUCGCGUCACUGUUGAUAGCAGUAAUACAAAUAUAGACACAACCAUGACAGAUGAUGAUGAUAUGUGUAAAAAUACACCAUCCAGCGUAAUGACAACAGAAUGUCGUAGUGAUGAAGAAGAAAACGGUACAGAAGAUCCUUGUGUACCAAACAGAACGAAUUCAUUACUGUGGACAUGUGAAGAUUGCUGGAUUAAAAAUAAUAUGAGCAUUAGUAUAUGUGUAUGUUGUGGCGGAAAAAAACCCCAAAACAAAGGCGAUACUAAUAAAACUUCAAGGCCAGCUGAUAAUAUUACAUAUGCAACAUUAAAUAGUAAAGAAGCAGAAGUCCAAAACAGUCAAGAUGAGAACUGGGAAUGUAACGUUUGCCUAGUAAGAAAUGAUAAACGUAACAGCAAAUGCGUGUGCUGUGAAGUAGAGAAACCAGGGACGAAGAAAUCACCAUUAACAUUUAAUUUUUGUUUGCCUGUUACUACACAAUUUAAGUUUGGAAUUAAUUUAGGUAACACAACCCAACAACCUACUAAAGACAUUGUAAAAGAAGUCCCAGACACAAACAACUUUUCAUUUGGGCUACCUCCCAUCAAUUCAGUAGGUGACGGUUUAGGCAAAAAUGUAGGAGAAUCUAAUGAAAGGACCAUCAUUUUGGAAGAAGAAAGAGGUGCAGAUCAGCAAGUGUUUGUAUUGAAGUCACCAGUUACCGUAGAUACAACAUAUGACCUACAAACGACAGAACCAAGUCGAAAACAAAAUUCUACAAAGGUACCCUCGGCUUUGCCAAAUACUGGACAGGGGCGAAACACUGCUAAUUUUAAUAUGCUAUCCCCAAUAGAGGAAGAUUUAAACGAAUCUUCGAACCCAGGUAGUACAAGUAACACACAAAAUUUAUCUUCUCAAAAUAAUACAUUACAGCAGAACCAAUCAAGUAAUGCUGGAACUUUUGGGGCUUCUUCCUUUACUUCAGUACCUCCUUCCGAUACUCCAGUACCUCCUUCCGAUACUCCAGUACCUCCUUCCGAUACUCCAGUACCUCCUUCUGAUACUCCAGUACCAGAUAAUUAUUUGUUUGAGAGUAAUUCGAAUUCAUUUCCACCUGGAUCUUCACUCACAAUCACUUCAAGUCCACUGUUAAACUUUGGUUCAACUAAUAAUCAGAAUCCAAUUAUUAUUGGCUCCACGAAGACGAUGAAUUUAAAAAAUUUUUUCAAUACCAAAAUUAAUUCAAAAAAUGUUUUACAUUUCGGAGGUCCUUCAGGCAAAUGUGAGUCGCCGACAAUUGAUUCGCAGGAUAAUAUUAAUUCUGCAGCGGACACAAACAAUGGAAACAAUAUAUUGGGUGGUAAUGGCUCUAACACAUUUGUACGCAGCAACGAAGGAUCUCACUCAUUAAACACAGAUAACUCAAAUCUGUUUUCUAGCGUCCAAAGCCAGCCUCAACAAACAGGAGGACUAUUCAGAGAUCAAUCACAAACAGAAAACAGUAGUUGGGCUUCUUCUACAAAUGUAUGUUCAGCACCGCAAGGCCUCCCUACAAAUCAAAGAAAUCAGGCACCGCCUCUAUUUACCUUUGGUGGAAUGUCAUCUGAUACUACUUCAAUGAACAACUUACCAACAUUUCGUAAAAACGCUCACAUGCCGUCGCCCUCGCCAGCGUUUGGUAUGCUUCCUGCUAAUGCCAACAAUUCAUUUAAUUUGGGUUCUACUCUACUUUUUGAUAAUCAAGCAAAAGCAAUAAGCAACAUCAAUAGUACACCAGGAGCGGCAGGAGGGCUUUUCGGACAAACAUCUCAGAAUUUUACACAAAACAGCUCAUUACUUGUCGAAACGUCCCAUGAGAUGUCACUUCAGCCGAGCUUCAAUUUUUCUGCUGGUCAAAGUCCUACUCCUAACGUAUUCAACUUCUCUCAGCAGUCGGGGGUUCUUAGUAUGACUGGGUCGUCACCGCAAUUCCAAGUUGGCAGCUCUUCCGCCCCAGGACAAGCUCGCCGUAUAAGGAAAGCGGUCCGACGAACAACACCACGAUGA